CAGCGUCCUCUAGGUGCUCUCGUGUGAUUGGACAAUUGUCCUCGCUGCUGUGGGCGUGCCUUAUCUCCGGUGGAAGUAGCGUACUUUGUGCUCAUGUCCAUUGUCGAGGUUUCCUUGGAGCUGCUGUGGGGAAGUCUAGGAGCGCACGACGGAUAGCCGAUCUGUACAAGGCUCUGCGGGUGAAAUAUCAUGCAUUUAGCCUUUUAGAAGCUCGAAGACUUAUUGGAAUUGGAAAGAUAUACUUCUCCUAUCUCGACCUGUCCUCGUAUUUUUCUAUUCCAAGGCUAUCGAAUGGACCAACACCCCAGCGCCCGCAGCUGCACCAGCCGAGGGGCUCCGUCCUGCGAGGCCGUCCCGAGUGAACCCUCCAUGAAUUUGUACAUCCAUUCCACUACCGGCACACGCUUCGAGCUGUCCAUCCCCUCCGAGGAGACCGUAGAGGGGCUGAAGAGGAGGCUGUCCCAGAAACUCAAAGUACCCAAGGAGCGACUGGCGCUGCUGCACAAAGAGACGCGACUAAGUUCGGGCAAACUCCAGGAUCUGGGGAUCUUAGAUGGGAGCAAGUUAACACUUGUUCCAACUGUUGAAGCAGGCUUAAUGUCUCAAGCAUCGCGACCCGAGCAGUCCGUCAUGCAAGCCUUGGAGAGCCUCACAGAAACACAGGUGAGUGACUUCCUGUCGGGCCGCUCGCCCCUGACCCUGGCCCUGCGGGUCGGCGACCACAUGAUGUUCGUCCAGCUGCAGCUGGCGGCGCAGCAGGCGGGGGCGGCCGUCCAGCACAGACACCUCAUCGCCAGGGGCAACGGCGAGGUGCCCGCCGGGCAGCCCGUGGGGCAGCCCCGCGUCCCGUACCCCCACCCCCACCCCCACCCCCACCCCCACCCCCAACCCCACCACCAGACCCACCCCCACCCCCACCCCCACCCCCACCCUCACCUAUCCCCGGCCCAACUGGUCCCCUCCGCCCCCCAUCCCACCGGGCCCCCCUCCCACUGUAGCCCCCCGACUCCCCCUCCCCCUCCCCCGGCCACCCCCCCGCCCCACGCCCCCCGCCUGGCCCACCUGCCCGGGGGUCUCUUCCGCUCGCCGGUCCACCACAACCACCACCACCACCACCACCACCACCACCCCCACCCCAGCCCCGCCCCCCAGGCCCACCACCAGCAGCCCCCCCCGUCGGCCCCGGCUGCUGCGGCCCCCCCGAGCGGGCCGACCGGCUCCACAGGCGCCUGCCCCGAGGCCAGCUGUAGUUCCAAGGGCCCCAGCAGCCCCGGCACCAGCCCCUCUUCCCGCUCCCGGAAGCCCGGUGCCAUCAUCGAGAGCUUCGUCAACCACGCCCCUGGGGUCUUCUCCGGGACGUUUUCAGGCACUUUGCACCCCAACUGCCAGGACAGCACGGGGCGUCCCCGGCGCGACAUCAGCACCAUCCUGCAGAUCCUCAACGACCUCCUGAGCGCCACGCGCCACUACCAGGGCGUGCCGCCCUCCCUCACCCAGCUGCGCUACCAGACCCAGUGCGGCUCGCCCGGCCCCGUCUCCCCCUCCCCGCCGCCCUCGCCCCCGUCGCCCCCGGUGACGGGCGCGCCCGGCCUCUCCUCCAAAGCUACCUCGGUGCCUCCCGCCUCCGUGCCCAGCUGCCCGCCGCCGGCGCUUCAUCCACUGGUGCAGUGCCAGAGCCAGAUCCGCAUGUGCAAGCCCCCAGCCGACCGCCUGCGGCAGACGGAGAACCGCGCCACCCGCUGCAAGGUGGAGCGCCUGCAGCUGCUGAUGCAGCAGAAGCGCCAGCGCCGGAAGGCGAGGCGGGACGGGCGGGCGCCGUACCAGUGGCUGCCCCACCGCCGGGCCGGCCGCAGCAGCAGCAGCAGCAGCGUGUCCAGCGAGGGCUCCCUGGAGCUGGACAUGGAGCUGGACUCGGUGUGGAAGCCCGACGUCAAGGCCGACAUGAAGCCCGAGUUCGUCAUGGCCUGAGUCGUCAUGGAGGCGGGCCUUCGUUGUCGUGGCGACGAGACCCCCCACCCCAUCCCCCCCCUCCCCCCUCUCCGACCAUCCAACACCACACCACAGGAGGAGGAGGAGGAGGAGGAGGAGGAGGAGGAGGAGGAAGAGGAGGAGGACGACGGGCGAGGGUUUUGAUUUGAAGGGGGGGAGGUUUAAGUUUGGUCGAUCUGGAGUUUUUUCGUCAGAGGGGGUGCGUGAGGGGGACCCCCCCCCUCCGGGCUGAAGCCGUGGAAUUCUCAAAGAGGAAAUGAAAAGCGGGCCGCUCCGAAGAUACCCCGUCCCCCCCCAUCACCCCCCCCCGUCCCCGUCCCGUCCCCGUCCCCACCCUCCGACCCUGUGAAAACAACAACACAACAAAACACAACAAAACUCAACUCUCUUCUGACGCUUGUGUUUGGAAAAGGAAAUGCCUGAACUUAACCGAGACUCAAGAUAUACAUAAACAGAGACUACAGAUGAUGUACCGGCCUGUACCAAAAGGAAACCGUGCGGGAGGUGGAAGGUGUAGAACUAAACGGGUGGCGGUGAUGGUGUUAACUGGUUUUCUUUUACUUUCUAUGUUAUUUUUUUCCCGUGGAUCGGUUGGUGUUUUUCCGAGGCAGACUCUGAACAGCUAUUGGACGAUGAGCUCUCACCAGGGAUGCUCAUCUCCUCUCCUCACUCCUGAUUGGCCGGUGGUCAGGCUGCCCGACCGACAGACUAUUGCAACAGGCAUUUUUAUCAAUCAGAAGAAAAUCGAUAACAAGAGUCCAGAGUUUUAAAGAACUAGGCGAGGGGGGGGAGGGGAGGGGGUUAAUGAUUUUAUUUCCAUUUUUAAACCUAUGAUUCUAAUUCUUUUUUUUUAAAAACAACGAAUAUGUAGCAUUGUUCACAAAAGCAUUCAGGUUUUCAUAUAACAGUUCAAGGUAGUUGUUGAUUUGCACAUUUUUAUCAUUUGUAACAGCUGGUCGAUUGAAGUGUGCAAGGACUGGGAGUGGGGUGGGGGAGGGGCGGGCGGCUGAGCGGGGGGAGUCGAUUGAUAUUCACCUCGGUGACGUCGGGGUAAUCGAUAGGAACGAUAGAUGACUCAACGCAAUGAAUAAACAUGAAUAGUGCUUUAGAGGAUUUAACAUUUUUUUUUAAAUGUAUAUGGAAAUAAAUCUAUUUUUAAUUUCUCUUCCUAUUGGCUGUUUUCAAAGAAGCAGCAUCAGCCCUCGUUGGCUUCGGGGUCAAGAGGUCGCCGACGCCUGACUCUGGCGUCACAUCGUCCCUCAGUUCAGUCUCUCGCUCACUCAUUCAUAUAUUUGGGUCAUGUAGCCACAAAGAAAACAUCUGGUGAGGAUAAGUCGUGUCCGUUCUCCCUCGUGUCUUACGGGCUCCGUCGCGGUCUUUGGGCUCAGCAUUAACCUUUUUUGUAUAAUAACGUGAUCACCGGCAGGCGGUCACUGGGAACUGUGUACGGGUGUACGCGUGUGUGUGUGUGUGUGUGUGUGUGUGUGUGUGUCACUACGGUUUCACCCGGUUUAGAUAUCCAAAUGUCCCCCCCCCCCCCCCCCCCCCCCAAGUCGACGUUCAUCAAAGUUGUUUCCCGACGUUCACAUGGGCAGGUUGAGUGCAGUACACGGAUAGAUCAACACAGAACACACACGGCAAGCCCUGUAAGCCCUGCAUCCAUGCAUCCACCCGUUCACCAGAGAGGUUUUGGUCCAUCGUAUCAAUACAUUGGAUUACGAGAGACUCAUAACCAGUCCAGUGUGAUUUCUUUGCUCCUUCUGAUCAGUAAUCCAGUAUCAUUAUAUAGUGCCUCCACAAACAUCCACCUACAUAUCAGGACUUUCACGCACACGUGUUGCUGCUACGCACGAGGAGGAGGUUAAAAAAGAAACUUAACAGACGAGCGGAAGUCAAAAGGAUGUUUUAUCUGCAUGCAAAAUUGUGAAAUUAUACAGAUCUUUUUUCUAUCGCUGGUGAGGACAAAAAAUACGAAGCAUGAGUUUGGGACGAUGAAAAAAAAAAAGAGAAAAAAGAAAGGAAAACAAAACCUGAAAGAACAACAUGGUUCUGUUUUCCGGGGAGGUUUUUGUAUUUUCUAAUUGUUUGUUUAGAAGCAGUAGUGUCUUGCUAAAGUAUUUUGCAAAAUGCCAAACCAAAACGGAUCAAGUAGGACUAGCUGCGUGGGUCUCGUUCAGCGCGGAACAUUCCUGCUCUCUGUGUGCGGACGACAACGAUGAAGAUGAUGAUGAUGAUGAUGAUGAUGAUGAUGAUGAACAAAGAGCAAGUAGAUUUGGCUCAACACGCUCCAACGCUGUCCCCCGCCCCCGCCCCGCUCCCUAAUGAUCCUCAAAUACCCAGGUGCCCUACAUCAGUGGGUCUCAAACUCUUUACACCGUGUACCACCAGAGGUGCGCGUACCACAGUUUGAGUACCAAUGCCCUACAUGGACCCUUAGCCACAUCUGUUCUGCUCCUAGCUUCCCCCAGUAAUAUCUACAGCUUGUGCGGACGUUACCCCCGGAAUCGGUGGACACAUAUUAUGCAGUUCUUUCACACUGUACCCCCACAGCUAUAGUCAGUCCCCCCCCCCCACGUCCUUACACCCGUCUGUGUGUCGGUCGGUUCCGGUCGACCACCUUACCACAAAUUGCACUCCCAGAGACUGCGAUGAGAGAUUACCUUUUUUGGUGGACAUAUUUUUUUUUUAAGUGGCCUUAACUUUCACAAAAAGAAGAGAACCCCCUCAACAAGACGCUUGAGGGAGCAUGGGGUGUGGGACGGUCUUCUGUUUGUUUCAACUCUGUAUCUCAUUGUCCGACUUGCUGUCGUCAUAAACACGCCGUCACCGAGACGCCGGGCAACUCUUGUUUCGUGCUUUCAGCUGGUGGAGUCUCUAUUAUGUCAAGGCUUCUGUGCCUUAAAAUGUUGCCCUCGCCGCGGCCAAUUUGAACCGAGAAAAAAAACACACACACAAACCGGGUGUCACUCGAUUGGAUAACUGAGACGGUCUGAGUGCCCGACGCAUCAUUGGUCGAUUUUGGGAGGCAAGGCUUUUUUUGGAGUAAAAAGAAAAAAAAAAACGACAUCGACUUCAAACGUAGCUUUGUAGACUUCAGACGGGGCGUCUCAGAGUAUGGCCUGUCUCCUCUUUCUUUUCAUUGUGUUGCCAUGUUUGUCUCUGUCUUUGUCUGAAUAUGCCUCACGGCCCCUUUCCCGUGUUCACCCCUGCGACGGCGCCCUGCCAACCAGGAGCCAUAGGUACACGGGGUUUGGACCACAGUACUUAAACAUGGCAACCAACCGCUCGGAUUCUGAACGUAGGGUUCCUUUGCGGACCUCCGACUACAUGCACUUCACGUUUCCAUGGAUACUAAGGACAAUUUUACCCUCUGCCUCACCCAAAUUGUAUUUAUUUUAUUUUUUUCGUUUUUCGUUUUUGUAAAUGUAUGAACUAUACUCUGUGUGUGCCUCACUUCUGUGUGAAUUUCGAAAAAUAUGAAACAAACAAAAAAAAAAUAUUAUGGGAUAUUGGUAUUUAAACAAGCGGGGUUGGGAUACGGGGGCCUUGCAAGGAGGAGGGGGGUGGGGGACGGUGUGUUGGUGAAAUUCUGAUGACAUCAUUUCAGUUGCCUGUUCUUUCUUGUAGCCAACCAUUGAAAAAUAAUAACAGGAUUCAAGAUACAAUUUACAAUGUUCUAGCUCUAGACCGGUGUAGCACAUGUGUGACUGUAUUAAUUUAUGAAACCAAAAUGGUAACUGUGAAUUAUGUAUUUCUUUGUGCAUUUUUUUAAAAAGUGGGGAAGAUGGUGGUUAUAGGACAAAGCAGUAACUGAUGCGUGUGUCCUAACGUUUUUUGUUUUUUUUUGGUGGAAUAUAAAGGAAACAAUCAGUUUCCGAAAAACAAAACAACAAAAAAAAAGAAAAAAUAUAUGAAUAUAUUUUUUUCUUAAGCAAUACAUUUCAGUGUGACUUGUGAUAGAACAUUUUCUUUUUUAGGUAAGAAAUGAAUAAAAAAGCAAAACCUGUACAUCAA